GCGACAGUUCUGUCCGCUUUACGGAAACGGAAACUGCUUCAGUCGAAGUAAACAUGUGGAGAGUUCUUUAUCCCUAAAACACACACGUGAUGGAGAACUACAGUAAAGCUCGGACGGUGGAGCAGCCGUCGGUCUGUCCGUUCCCCGGUCUCCCCCCCGACACGCCCGAGGUCAGAGUGAAAGACGGCAGCAAGAUCCGUAACCUGCUGCGUUACGCGCUGAGCCGCGUGGAGGGCAAGGCCAAAGCAGCCGAGGAGGAGGAACGACCUCCACCUGAGGAGGGAGGAGGCGGAGCUACAGAGGGGGGACAAAAGGAAGCCCGGCCGCUCUGCAGCCACGUCGUCUUCACGGCGAGCGGGAAGGGCGUGUCCAAAGCCAUCACGUGCGCUGAGAUCGUGAAGCGGCGAGUGAAGGGGCUCCACCAGCUCACCAAGCUGCUGUUCAGCACGGCGGUGGAGGUGUGGGAGCCGCUGGAGCCCGCCGCCGGACUCGACAGCCUCACCGUCAACAGGAACCUGCCCGCCAUCUGGAUCCUGCUCUCCAGAGAGCCGAUGGACCGCGGCGAGCCCGGGUACCAGCCGCCGGGACGCUACGACCUGCUGUGGGCUCAGUCUGCUACCAAGGAGGAGGGGGGAGGGGUGACGGGACAGAGAACAGGACACAAGAGGAAGAAGGGGGGGGAGGGGGAGGGGGGGCAGAGGGAGGGGAGCUGGACGUCCCACCGGGCGCUCCAGAGACGCAGCUUAAGAAGAGUUCAUUUAUUUUACAAACUGAAAGAAGAACGGACUCUUUGACUUGUCUUUUCUUUAAAUCCACCUGACGAGACGAUCGUUUAUUCUUCUCUGGAAAUGUUUACCUGCAGAAUCUGUCGGCGAGGGACACGACCUUCUGCUUCCUGUUCGUCGUCUGAGUGGUUCUUUGUUGUUGAGCAGGUCUUUGGUUAUAAGCAGGACCAGAGUUUGUGUGUUCAGAGUGAGAGAGGCCCUUCAGCUCUCAUCCUUUAUCCACUUUUUUUUAGUCUGGAUGAAUCUUAAUGUUAACGUAAACAAAGUUUAGUUUGUAGACUCUCCUGUUGAACUCUCAUCCCUCAACUCUCACUUUGACUGCUGUCUGAAAAAUAAUCAGAGGAAGUGUUGACCCAGAUAUGAUUUAUUCAUUUUUCAAGCAGCACAGAAAUCAUGACAGUCUCUCCCUGAGGAUUCUUCACACUCGAUGUUUCAGCAACAUUUCUUCAUAUUUUCACAUAAACUUUAAAGGGUCUCUUAUUCUAUAAACUCCUCUUCUCCAUGUUCCUCUAACUCUAA